AACACCAUCUUUUGAUGCAGUUAACGGUUGGAACUGAUCAAUACAGGGGGCAAUGGCUCGUCAAGGUGAUCACAUGUAUGUGUUGACUUAAUAACAACAGUUUUUGCGUCAUCCUGACGGGACCCGAGCAGGAAUAUAUAAAGGGACUCAGAAAGGCGCACAAACAUUCCCGAUUUAUUCCUCUGCUGAGACGGAAAAAAAGACACUCGCAGCCAAGAUGAAACUGUUCCUCGCAGUUGCCGUGCUGAUGCUGGCUUUGGUCGCAUAUACAGAGGCUCAGGAUGACAGCAUCGGGGAUACAUUUACCAGAUUCGGAGAUAAGAUGCAAGAGAUGGGCAGGGACCUGGCUGACAGGGCCAAGACCACCUUUGAAGAGAUCAGCAGCAGCGAAGCGGCAGUCAAAACCAAAAACUGGUUCACGGAGACGUUUGAGGGGUUAAAGAAUAGGUUUCAGUGAAGUAGAUGAAGAGAUGGUGUCUGCAGUCUACAACCAACCAACACCCCCCCACACAUACACACAUGCACACAUAAACACACACCUCCUCACGAUGGACACACAAGUAUCACUCACAUCACCCUCCUGACCAGACUUCAUGGUAACAUUGCUGCAACAUGAAAAGUACCACAAA